AUGUGUGCUCGCCAUGUGUAUGCGAACUGGAAGAAGAGACACAGUGGCGCAGAUUUGGAGGAUUUGUUCUGGAGUGCAGCCAAUUCUUAUUAUCCAGAAGAUUUUGAGAGAAAGAUGAAAGCAUUAAAAGAAUAUGAUCUUGUUGCACAUGCUGAUUUGAGGAUAUCUCUUUGGUGUCCCUGGUCAAGGGCCUUUUUUACGGAGUAUUCAAAGUGUGAUGUUGUGGAGAAUAACUUGGGAGAGUCCUUUAAUGCAGCCAUAAGGAUUGCUCGAACAAAACCCAUCGUCGAGAUGCUUGAGGAGAUAAGGCGAAGGGUUGUGGUUAGUAAUGAUAAGAAGAGGUUAGAAGCGGAGAAAGUUAAAGGUGUCUAUACUCCUAGAGCAGUUGCGCUGCUUGAUCAACAAAUCGAACUUGUUAAGGAUUGUAGGCCACUGUCUUUUGGGUUAGGCAAGUAUGAAGUUAUGCACGUGAAUAAACACAUGAAUGAUAGGGUCACUCGUCCACCAUUUGGAAGUCCUGGUGGAAGACCUCCCGGAAAAAACAGAACAAGGGAAAAGGGUGAGAAAAAGAAGGAGCCAGAGAAUGGAAAAAUGCCAAAGUUAGGAAUAACAAUUCACUGCGGUAAUUGUGGAGAAGCAGGGCAUAACAAGACCAAAUGCAAGAACACGCCAAAGCCUAAACCUCCUAAGAAGCCACCUGGUAGACCACGAACAAGAGAGAUUCCAGAUGCUCCAGGUUGGACUGCAGGUCGCACAGAAGGUACACAGCUGCUUAUUGAUGAUUGGAGGCCAUGGAAUGAAGACGGAGCUGGAACUUCAUCCCAGGCAGACAAACCAACUGGUAGAGCUCGCAAGAAACAGAAGCUCUCACUCUCUCAGCCUAUUCCGGAUGCACCAAGCCUCUCUUCUGCAUUCCCAAAGAGGAAGCGUGGCAGACCAAGGAAGAACGAGUCUGAGAAUCUGCCUCACUCGCAACCUGAACUUACAUCUCAUACUAAAGAGCCUGUGUAUGAUACAGGACCAAGGCUUAUUCCAAGAGUAAGAAGGAUAUGUUUUCAAAGCAAUUAA